AUCAAUUUCAAGUAGGCAUGCUCUACUUAAUGCAAAUAAAAACAAUUUCAUUUCAAACCAAUCAUGCUCGGUGCUAUUAAAAUCAAGUUAAAAUCAAUUUAAACCUUGUCACCAUCUCAAAAACAAUUUAAAACAUGCUUUGAAAUCGAAAGGUGUUACCAUAAUUUACUUACCUCACUCGCAUAAACCGAGGACUCAAUCCCAGUGCUUUAAGCCAUAAUAGCACUUAAUAUUCCAAAUAAAUACAUUUAGACUUUGCUAGAAUUAUUAGCACAAUUUUGCAAAUCUCCUAACCAAUGAGCUUCACACGAAAUUCAACCAUAUGACCAAACAUCUCAAUUUCAUUCUCAGUAUAACUAACAUUUAAACCCUCCUAUUGUUGGCCAUUAAUGUGUGAACAGUACUCAUAAACAGUAACUGCAACUUCCAAAAAUUAGCGAAACCAUAACUAAUCUCACGGGAUUUCUCUCCAAAAUCUCGCAGCAGUCAACUCAAGCAAUUUAUACAUGAAUUAAGCUUAAUUAUACUCUAAUUACUACCGAAAUUCAUCCCCAUUUUUUAGCAAAAUUCGGACAGCACAGGGCAGCAAAUAAAUGGACAAAAUUCAGCAACUAAUUGAUGAAAUUUCGGGCUUGGAGGAGUUGUCAACAUUCCAGAAUUUUUCCAGCUGCAAAACCGGACCUAGUGAGUGGAGAAGCCAAUGGCAAUUCUGUAGGGGACUCACGAAAUUAACCCAAAAUUGAAGGAACAACAGAUUUAAAAUGAACCCAAGCUAAAUCAAGCUGAAAAGAUGACGUUCAUGGUUGUGGCUUACCGAAAAAAGCCUAGAAAUUCGUGCCUAGCAGCACCAACGGAUAGGGAGGAAGAGCAGAGCAGAUCUAAAAUUUUGCAGAGGGGGGAGGGAGUUUCCAAGCUUAAAUCUGGUUCUUGAACAAGAAAAGGAAGGAAAAUAUCAAGUUUUUCUUACCGGUUCUCAAGGGGAGGUGCUGUUGGGCUUGGGGCUCUUGUUCGGUGCAAGGGAGAAGAAAAAGAAGAGCAGAUG